AUGGAUUGGGGAUCAAGGAGGUUUCUCAUGGCUUUCCUUGUUGCUAAUUUCGCUUUGAGCCCCCACUUUUGCAGUGCAGACACAGCUCCACAUUAUAGUUUUAUCCAUGAAGCAACCUCAGCUCCUCCAGUCUCGUACCACGACUACAUUAUUGUUGGUGGAGGAACCGCCGGCUGUCCCUUGGCUGCAACUCUGUCGGAAAACGCCAGCGUUUUAGUCCUAGAAAGAGGAGGGUCUCCCUAUCUCAAACCAGGCAAAACGGACAAAGGGAACUUCUUACUUGGUCUGUUCGAUAGCUCGUCCGACUCAUAUGUUCAAGCAUUUGUUUCGGAGGACGGAGUAAACAACCACCGAGGACGCGUGCUGGGCGGUGGCUCAGUCGUCAAUGCAGGAUUUUAUUCCCAUGCUCAAACUGAGUUUGUCAAGGAAUCUGGUUUGGAUGAAGCUUUGGUAAAAGAUUCGUAUCAAUGGGUUGAAAAGAAGGUGACAUUCAAGGCACCCGUGUUGCAGUGGCAAUCUGCAGUGGGGGAUGGGUUGCUUGAAGCUGGGGUUUCACCGUACAAUGGAUUUACGUAUUACCACAUUAAUGGGACUAAGAUUGGUGCUACCAUUUUUGAUACGGAUGACCAUAGACAUAGUGCAGCUGACUUACUUGAGUAUGCUAACCCGAAGAAGAUCAAGGUUUACUUGCAUGCCACGGUGCUCAAGAUCAUCAUUACAACAGAAAGUUCACAACCAAGAGCUGAAGGGGUGAUUUUUGAGGAUGCAUUGGGAGUAGGACACAAGGCACAUUUAAAAAAAGACUCCAAGACCGAAAUAAUAGUAUCAGCAGGUGCCAUUGGUAGCCCGCAGCUAUUAAUGCUUAGCGGUAUUGGACCUGCACAUCAAUUAGAGGCAUUAGGCAUCCAGGUGGUGAUGAACCAACCCAGGGUUGGCCAAGGCUUGGCCGACAACGCAUUGAACGGUCUUUUUAUUCCUUCCCCUUCGCCGGUUGAGCUCUCACUGCUUUCCACCGUGGGCAUAACGCAGUCUGGUAACUAUAUCGAAGCAUGGAGUGGAUUGAAUUUGUCACCUUCCUUUGGGUGGAUUUCAAAAAUCCUUGACAAGGUUUUACCUAAUAUCUCCAUCGAUACAAGGCUCAAAGGUGGCUCUAUAAUUCAUAAAGUUGGCCGUCCACUCUCAACAGGUUACAUCGAGCUUCGAAGCACAAACCCAUACGAGACCCCUAAGGUGAGGUUCAAUUACUUGAAAGAACCAGAGGACUUGAGAAAAUGUGUCCAAGGCAUGCAAACCAUACUAAAUGUGGUAAAUUCCAAAGCCUUUUCGAAAUUUCGUUAUCCGACAAUCUCGACUCAGCAACUUCUGAACCUGGCGGCGGCGCUUCCAGUUAACCUGAGACCACGACAUCUUAAUACUGCAAUAUCUUUGGAACAGUAUUGCAAUGAUACUUUGAUUACAUUUUGGCAUCAUCACGGGAGCUGUCGAGUUGGUAAGGUCGUGGAUAAGGAUUACAGGGUCAUCGGCGUGGAUGGACUUAGGGUUAUCGAUGCUUCCACCUUUGAUUUCACACCUGGUACCAAUCCUCAAGCUACGGUUAUGAUGCUUGGAAGAGCCAUGGGAGUACGAAUUUUAAAAGAGAGACAUUUGUUACAUUUCUGGAGAAGGAAUUAAACACGUAAAUUACAGGGAACUGAACUCAUCAAAGAAAACACAGAUA